AUGCUCAGGAAAAAAGCCGCCGGCGACCUUCCGAUGCCGAAUUGGCGCUCCUUUGACGCCGAGGCUGUGCCGGCGCCUUUUUUCUUUGAGAGGAGCAUAGAACUUGCUUAUUCCCAAAGCAACCGUCAUCAAGAAGACGUCUCCCUCGGAAUGCUGGAUGGCGACUACUUCAUUUCGAACCGGCAGACGUUGUGAACAGUCAAGCAAGCACGGAUCCACCGAUCGGAAGGACAACGACGCACAAGCGCUCCAGGUUAGUCCAGAUCUUUCAAAAGCACCGAGGAUCCAUCGGAACCACGACUUUCAGACAGAUACCUGCAUCUAUCGAAAACUGGAGGCAGGGUUCCGAUGAUGAAGAAGUUGGAGAUGGAGGAGAGGAAGGGAUGAUCAAAAGCACCGAGGAUCAAUGCUUUUCUGAUGCUACCUUGUUUCUGUGAGGAACCCUAGCAUUGGUACGAAAUGUUUAUCGUGUGUUUCACCCAUUAACCCCUUAACCCUUUUGUUCUCUCGAGUAGCUCCCUUGUGUGGUGUGAAGUAUAAGAGAAUGUAAAAUAGUUGUGAAGCAAAAAAUGCUUACGGAGUAGUUAGUGUUUCUUGUGAUUUUGGUACAGAAGAUUUCUCAAAUUUCAUUCCACCAGUGUAAUUAACUCGGUAACAGAUGUCACAGUCAACAAAAGAGUUCUGGUCAUGCACUCGCCCGCCCCUUUUCUUGCGAGAGAGUGCACAACAGGUGCUCAGUCGGGCGAGCUUCUUUCAAUACAAACACGCGCAUUGGCACCUUCCUUUGGAGCCGAAUUUGCUCAAUUUGUCCCCUUUCCAUUGUUGAAUCGAGCAUUUACUCUGUUCAAAUGUCGACAUGAGACCUCUGGUUUCGCUCCUUUCUCCCUCCUCGCCGUCCUUCAGCAUUCGGAUGCCGGUUGUCUGAAACCUCGACCGACUCGCUCCUACAUUCACAGUCUUUUUGAAAAUUCGGAUGUCAUUGUGGCCGGUGUCAUCACUGGAAUAUCCUAUCGAGUUGACUCACUUUAUAUUGAGGUAACAGGAAGUUUCAGAAAACUCAACUCAAUUGCAUAUUGUACCGUUUUUCAGAACAUUACCGUAACGCCUAGUAGAAUUUACAGAGGGAAGGAGUAUGUGGAAGAGAAUGAGAACAUUAUCAUUGGCAACAUUUUGGAGACAGAGGUACCUGGAAUCUAUCAAAAAAUACAAUAAUCUUAUCGUUCAGCCGUGUGCUCAUCGUCUUCUGGCUUCCGAAGUACGUAUCUUUUCCUUGACGAAUCAGCAAGGGCACUUCCUUCUGGACGCCCCAAUGAUCCGCAUUUCCUUGCCAACUCUGGAUUCUCUGCAUACAAUCUCUCGAGGGUUAGCUCAUCGGAAACGAAGGAGAACGAAGCAAUGUUAGACAUUGAAAUUUCUCAAUUUCAAAAUCAGAAAAUUGAUCCUUUUUCAGCAGUUUGUGAGGUCUCACUGUGUCCGUUCGGUUCCAAAUGCGGUCUGAAGACGGGGACGUGCGAGUGCAAGGCAAAGUGCCGCGUGGCAAGUGACGUCGUCUGCGGAUCGGACCACGUCUCCUACUCCUCCUUCUGCCACCUAUCCGUCCGAAGUUGUGUGCUGGCCAAGAAGGGCGUCCGUCUACGAGUGGCUUCCAAAGGACCGUGCAGUGAGUUCCUUCUCCAGAUGACUCUUCCUUCCUCCUUUCUGCCUAAUAAUAUUGUCCCAAUUAUCCGUGCUCAUCUGUCAUCUGUUGCUCCGUCGGUCCGUGUGAUUCGUCUGCUCUUUUAUUCACGUUUCGCGCGUUUCUCCCUUCCGUCGCAUUGUUUGUGGUUUGGCUGCUGCUGCAUUGACCGAAACGGUGCGGCCAAACAGGGCAAAGGGAGGGGAGCACCUGGCAUAGAGAGCUCUUUGUAAGACAGUAAUCCCGUGCACAUACAUGCAGGAGAAACUAUUACGGAGUGUCCGAAAGUGUGAGAAUGAACCGAAUUUGAGUGUUAUUGAGACUGAGAGCACUUGAGAAUGAUAACUGAUGGGAAUUUGAAGGAAGUUAGACAAUGAAUAGAGGGAAGGUUUCAAUUGAAAGAGAUUUCUGAAAUCCUCCAAGCUCCUUCUCUAUUCUCUUCUCUUCAGAAUGGACUUCUCAUCCCAUCCAAACUCGUUGAGUAGUUUUGAAGGGUCCCUCCGAUGUGUCAGGAGAUAAAUUAGAUUCGAGCCUUCGCCCCUUUUCCCCAGAGCAUUCACUCCUCGAACCGAAAUUUGCCUUCUUCCACUUGCCAGUAUUCCUCUUUCUCUUCUUCAUGCACACUCCGUUCUUUCUGCUCUAUUCUUUGAUCUCUUUUGUUUUUGGGUGUUACAAGUAUCCAAAAGGUGGGAUUACUUACUUAAAGUCGAAAACAACUAGGACCUUCCAGAGAAAAGGAAUCCGUGCGAAGACUUGCGAUGCGGACCAGGAGAGGAUUGUGUUGUCAACCAGAUAAACGGGAUCCUUCUGGCCCAAUGUGUCUGCCCCACUCAAUGUCCGAACUACGGGGAUUCUGUCGAAUCGUCUCCGGUCUGCUCUUCGCAUGGAGUUGAUUACCAGUCCUCUUGCCACUUGAGACACCAUGCUUGCGAAUCCAAGACAAACAUUACUGUCAAGUUUUACGGGAGAUGCGGUAAAUCACAUUCAUAAUAGCAUAAAUCUUGGGAAUGAAACCUGCUCAGAUCCAUGCCACGGUCAAAAGUGCUCGAAUGGUCAGACUUGUCAACUGGGAGUCGACCGGAAGCCAGAGUGCAGAUGCACAGAACAAUGCCCGAUGAACAGUGCCCACGUGUGCGGAACUGAUGGAAAGACGUGAGUGGUUCGGGGUGAGGAAUAACUCGGAACUGUUGCUUUCAGUUACUUGAACGAUUGCUUCCUGAAACUGGCAUCCUGCAAAGAGCAAAAGGAUAUAAUUGUUUGGAAGCGUGGAAAAUGCGACGAAGUGGGCAGUCCGUGCGAGAAAUGGAGUGCGGAUUCUGGGGAAGCUGUUCGAUCAAACCGGACAGAACGGCAGAAUGUGAAUGUCCGAAGGAUUGUGAGGAUGUCAUGAGACCAGUGUGUGCAACCGUAAGGGAAAAGUUUGAUGACUACACUCAAGAAGAGCAUUCAGAACGGAGAAACAUUCGACAAUGAGUGCGAGAUGAAGAGGAAAGCCUGCGAGACGAAGACCAACGUCAGAGUGAAACAUCAGGGAACUUGUGGUCGGUCCCCUUUAUCUUCCGAAUUCCCAUUUUGUACUACUUUUAGGCAUCGGAGUGUGUGCCACUUUCAAUUCCUGUAAGAAGCCGCAAGUGUGCGUGGCAGUUGACGGAAAGCCAAAGUGCGUGUGUCCGUCGUGCACUGACGAACUGAAAGAGGUGUGUGGAAGUGACGGGAAGACGUAUGCGAACGAAUGCAAACUGAGAAAUGCGGCGUGUGUCAGUCAGAAGGACAUCUUCGUCAAGUAUUCUGCUGUCUGCGGUUAGUUGUGUUCCAAUCUAUGUAAAUGGAAACGACGUCAACUUUCAGAAGGAUGCAAGGAUAAAAAGUGUGACUUCUACUCGUCGUGCGUGGUCGGAGAGAACCACAGACCGGAGUGCAAGUGUCCGGAUGACUGUCCCACUUCGGAGUUGGGACAAGGGAAAGAAGUGUGCGGAACGGAUUCGGUCACUUAUUCAUCCGAAUGCCAUCUGAGGAAGUCGGCGUGUCAUCAGAAGAAGUUUAUUGUGAUGGCUUUUGAAGGAAAGUGCGGUAUGUUGGAUGUGAUUGUUUACACCUUCCAACUACUCCAAAAUCUUCAGAUGAGUGUCUGCAUGUUCAGUGCAGAUACGGAGAGGAAUGCCGUGGCGGAGUGUGUGUCUGCUCGUACAACUGCCCCGCAAACCCACCACUUUCUGCUAGAAUUUGCGGAGAGAACGGGGUAAUCUCAGGAAUUGCUCUCGUCAUGCUCUUCUCUCCUAUUCCAGGUGCUCUACCCUUCGCUCUGCCAUCUCCAAUUGGCCUCUUGUCAGAAAGGCGCUCCGAUUUCCGAGAUGCCUCCAUCUCAUUGUCAUUCGUCGCAAACGGCAUUCCCAGGUUUGAGCAUGGAAAUGACUGUCCUUCUGUUCGAACUGAACUGCAAGUGGCGUUCUCUACUUCUCUCGAGUUCGCAUGGUGUCUAGUCGACUUCUCCGAAUCGGUUAUGCUCUUUUUUCGUCCAUCAUCAGUUAUCAGUUAUCUUGUGCGUCUGCUCUUUCGGAGCCACGUGCCACAACGGGCGGUGCAUUUGCCCUCCGUGCAAUCUGUCCUCUCGUUAUCCGAUCUGCGGAUCUGAUGGAGUCAUCUACGAGAAUCAGUGCCAACUGAACACCAUUUCGUGUCGAGACCAGAGAGAAAUCCACGUGUUGCCACUAGUUUCACAGUGCGAUCAGAAGAACGGUCAGGGAUCGGCAGAAAAAAAGUGGGAAAGGGACCGUUGAUUUCAGAUUCUUGUGAGUGCAACCGUGUCGGAUCGUUCGGACACGCUUGCGACGAGACUGGACAGUGCAAGUGCCGGCCGGGAGUCGCCGGUCUCAAGUGCGACCAUUGUCUACCGUCCUUCUGGGGAAUUCAUCUGAUUGCUCAGGGAGCUCUUUCUUGCAGACGUACUUUGAAACGUAAUCGGGGCACAUACUGACAGUUGGUUUCAGCUUGCGGAUGCAGUGCUUUCGGCUCAGCAAGGCCCGAUUGCGAACAGACGACCGGAAAGUGUGAGUGCCGAAACGAAGCCCUCGGUGACAAGUGCAAUCAGUGUCCGAACGGAUCCAUGAUGACCGCGGGAGGCUGUGUGUCGCCGGCCGACUACAAACACCUCGGUAUCAAUCUCAUUUGAUUCCUUCCACUCAUUCUACCUUUCAGAGACUGUCAAUCUCUGCAUUGUUUCCACGGCGCCAAGUGUGUUCCCUCUCCUGCUAGCUUCCCCGAUUGUGUCUGUCCCCAGUCGUGUCACAUGGAUCAUCUGGGAGUGGUUUCCAACAUGACAGUCUGCGGAUCCGACGGAACCACUUACACCAAUCUGUGCGAACUAAAAAUGUUCGCUUGCAAACAUCAAAUCGACGUGGUUCCAGUUUCCAUGGGAAUCUGUGACGACGGUAAGGGAUCGAGAUGAUUGUUUGAGAGACAUAGAUCAUUUCAGAAAGUUUCGAAGUUCUGGAUCGUCUUCAACGCGAACAGAAUCCCGAGGAAAAGAGGCUAGGAUCUCCUUGUGUCCAUCAUGAAGAGUGUGAAAAGGUAAAGAGAGAAAUAAGAAUAAAAGAGGAGCAAUGUGUUUCAGCUGGAUGCUCAAUGCAUAACGAGACCCGGCAGGAAAUCUGUUUGCGAUUGUGGAGAAGGAUGGAAAAGUCAUCAGGGAAUAUGUGUAGAAGAAGCGAAACGGCGAAAGUCUGACCAGUUAGACCUGACGACCGAUCUCCAUUCCGACUGGCUCCUGGUCCGAAAGGGAUGUUACCAGAUUCUCGAAGCUCUCUAUGCAGGUACAAACGUGACGUAUCGUUCCGAAGACCCCACCGUUUCUUCAGAUUCAUAUGAAAGAAAAGAAGGAAGGAACACUUCUGAGAAUGGUCACAGAUGACAAGAAAGAUUUGCGAAUCGUUCAUGAAAACCGUCGGAUUGUCAUCAAGUAUGUACAAGUUGAGCACGAGUUCAACCGAGUAGAAAUACAAGAAUGAGAAUAAAAGUGACGCAGAAAAAGGUUGCGAAGGCGACGAGAGCGACCAUAAAGAUGGACACGUGGUGGCCGAACGAUUCGGCGUCUUCGGGGGUCAUGCAGCACGGCAGCCAGCCACAGUUUAUCUUUUUCGGGGGACGGGUGUACUGAAAACGAACAGAAUAGUCUCAGUUGGCUUCCCUUGCUGCUCACCUCUUCCUCUUCGGUCUCUUCGGAUUCAUGCCGAACUCGCGAGACUGAAACCCGAGAUCCGGGUCUUUUGGGCAAAUCAAUAACGAUUGACUGGCGACCGCUCAUUUUGGGAAAGAACUGUCGAAUUGAUAAGAAAUUAAAAGUGUUUCCAACAAUUACGUUAUCAGCUGAAAUACUUUCAGAGUCGGCAAAGCACAAGUGGAGUCACUGCAGACCAUUGCGUACAACGUCAGUUUGGAAGUAAUUGAGACCAUUUCUUGAUAAAAAGUAAUCAUACUAGUUUCAGUUGAAAUGGAAACGAAAUGAAGUGCAGUUCAAACUGAAUGGAGAGAUUCAGAAGCACAAGUUCGAAGACGUGCUGGAUUCUUCGGUGAAGAGAAUAUUCUUGGGAACCGAUGGAAAAUGGGAGAAGAACCGACUGAAUGCGAUCGUUGGAUUCCUGGAAAUUGAUGACGUGGCAGUCCGAAAAGAAGACGUCAAACCGUUCUGUGAGUACCAAAUUAGAACAAAAAGAUGAUGAUGUUAUUCUAGAUAUGCCGCCUGAAAUCACGAAAACGUUGAAAUUUCAAGAAGGCGGAUACCUCAGAUACCAAGAUUUGGGGAUGGACGUACGCGAGAAAACGCAUUUCGAGAUAGUAUUCAAGCCUCACAGAACCAACGGUAAAGUACUCAAACGGUCACGAGCAUCCUAACAUUUGUCUCCAGGACUUGUACUCUACUGGUCGGUUCCUUCUGAUCCUCACACGGACUUUGUCGCCUUCGCAAUGAUCGACGCAAAACCUCACUUUGUGUACGAACUCGGAUCGGGCCUAUCCUAUAUUCGGUGAGUUUCUGUUGCUUCUAAAGUUAUUGUUUCAUUUAGUGGAGAACCGCUUCCUCUGAAUACGUGGCACAGUGUGCGGAUUGAGAGGUUCGGGAAGGAAGUGUCGAUGUUUGUGAAUGUGACACUCGUCAAGAAGCACACAUCACAGGUUGACAAUCGGACGGAACAUGUUCCAAAUUCGUUCGUUUCAGACCAAGAAUGCGCACUUGGACAUUGCUAAAAACGACGUUCUGUUCGUUGGAACCGUUCCGGACGGGAUAAUUUCUCACAAAGUCCGUAAACUGAACGUUCCGUUUGAGGGAGAGCUCCAAGUGCUGCGGAUCAACGAAUUGCCGAUUAACCUCGUCUCCGUGAGUUUGUUUUCCACGUCGGGGGACCAAAACGGAUAA